AUGAGCUCCGAGAACGCCUUCAACGCCGACUUUUGCGAAGUAAAGGGCAUCACUAAGGACGAACUCGAAGCUCUGAAGCAGAGCAGUGUGCCGUGGAAACGUGUGCCGGCUGCGACGAACCACAAGGUCGAAGGUGGCAGCCAGAAGGGAAGUGCUCGGGAUUCCUUUGGCGGCGGCUCAGAAGACACAACCGCAACAUCUCCAGCCAGAAUCCGCCCGGUUCAAGCUCAGAAGAAACAGAAGAUCAUGAACUCAGCCGACACCACUGUGCCCUCGGAGGACGACGCAAACGGGCUUCACAUAGCUCAUUCAACGCCAACACCUCAGUCUUCUACAGAGAUGCGGCGCGAAUUUGCCACCGAUCCCUUUACCUCGAGGCAAGAAUGCCUUUCUGGCGCUCGUCGAGCAGAUUGCGAAACGCUAGCCGGCAUCCGACAUUUCGGUUUGAGGAGAUGCUGCGGGUGCUGGUUGAGAGUUUCUUCUGCUGCUGUCAAUAGCUACAUGAUUGAAAGGAUGACCGGGAUGGACCAUGUGCAAGUGCGAGACGACUGUCAAAGUUCGUGUGUUCAGAGCAUGUUGCAAGACUGA